CCCAAAUCCGGCCACUGACACGUCUCAUCUACGUGUUGGGUUGGUUGCCGUGAUGGAGUAGAGAGCAUCACAUUACCGCUGCAAUCGGCGGGCGAUGGAGCGGGCGCUGAGGGCGUACAUGGAGGUGCUGAGGCUGGUGCGGCGGCUCCCGCGGGAGACCAGGCCGUACUACGCCAAGUACGCGCGGGAGAACUUCGUCAACUACCGCGAGCUGGAUGACUCCGCCUCGCUCGACGAGCUCCUGCAGCGAGCCUACACCCACACCACCUGGGUCCUCAACAAGUACUCCGUGGAUCAGUGGGUCGCUGACAAGCUGAAGGAGAUUUGCUGUGGCUGAGCCAGGCAAAGAGACAGACAGUUGCUCCCCAAGUGUUUGCUGUUAUUCCCAAGAGGGUAAUAGUACUGAACGACUUAAUGACUUUUGAUGCUUUAAUUGGUGCAAACAUUUGCAUGGCAAUCGUAGUAUUUUAGUAGUUAUUCAAGAAGAGAAACUUGUCACCAUCAAGGCUUUUGUAGCAUAAAACUUUUCAUUCAUAUCUUGUAUUUUUCAUAUAGAGAGAAUAAUGUGUCAUGUUUUGAGACCGAGGAACUUGUUCUCUCCUGAGCUACAAUGCUUGGGGCUCUAAUUUCCAAGU